CAAGUGGAGAAACUCACGUCCAGUAUUACUUCUCAAACAGAAGUUUAGUGAUCACCUGUAAUAGGUAGGCUAAGGUAACGAAUGCCUAGGUGACCACCAUACUCUUCAGUGUCUUAUUGGAUUACUGUCUUCUCUUCCUCUUUGGAAUGAGUUUUUGGAGACGCAACAAGAAGAAUGACAACAAAAAAGAUCCACUCAAGACUGAAGAGUCACUGAUCAGCCCCACUUCUCCACAACAGUCACCCAUCAUAGAGAAAGCCAGGCUGGACCCUGAAUUCACCAAUUAUGGGUCGGAGAAAUCUGACCUGUCAGUGGCUCUUCAAGACUGCAUGGCAGCACUGGAUCUGUUCCUGCAAAAUGAAUUUGACGAGGCUCUGACAAGACUUAAGAGCAGGAAUAAAGAAAGCAUGUAUCAUGCACUCACAUAUGCCACCAUACUGGAAAUGCAGGCCAUGAUGACCUUCAACCCGGAGGAUAUCUUGGCAGCAGGAAACACCAUGAAAGAGGCACAGGCUGUGUGUCAACGAUACCGCAAAAAGUCUUCUUUCAACAGUAAAAACGCCACAGAAGAGGAGCUCCAUGCUGAAGUGUGCUAUGCCGAAUGCCUCCUCCAGAGGGCAGCACUUACUUUCCUUCAGGAUGAAAAUAUGAUCAGCUUUAUGAAGGGAGGGAUAAAAGUGAGGAACAGCUAUCAGAUAUACAAGGAGCUGCAUACAGUCCUGAAGUCCUCAGGUUAUGUUCACGGUGACAAUCAUAUUCACUUUGAAGGAGGUGUUAAACUUGGCGUUGGGGCCUUUAAUCUGAUGCUGUCGCUGUUGCCAACAAGGACUCUCAGAUUGUUGGAAUUUGUUGGCUUCUCUGGUAACAAAGAGUUUGGCCUAGAGCAGCUGCAGGAGGGCUCCACUGAGUACACAUUUAGGUCUUUCCUGUGUAACAUGAUGUUACUUUGCUACCACACCUUCAUGAGCUUCAUUCUUGGCACUGGAGAGGGAGAUGUGGAAGAUGCAGAAAAACUGCUGCAGCCUUAUCUGAAAAUGUAUCCAAAGGGAUCCAUUUUCCUGUUCUUCGCUGGCCGAAUAGAGGUAAUCAAAGGAAAUCUGGAUGCUGCCAUCAAGCGUUUCGAGGAGUGCUGUGAAGCACAGCAGCACUGGAAGCAGUUCCAUCACAUGUGUUACUGGGAGCUCAUGUGGUGUUUUACCUAUAAGAGACACUGGAAGAUGGCCUACUUCUAUGCAGAUCUGCUCAGCAAAGAAAACGCCUGGUCUAAGGCCACAUAUGCAUAUAUGAAAGGCGCUUACCUCAGCAUGCUGAGUCGUGAGGAAUGCCAGCCGUUCCCAGAGAACGAGGUGGAUUUGUUUAGGCAAGUUCAUGGUCUUAAGCAGAAAAUAGCUGGGAAGUCAUUACCAACAGAGAAGUUUGCCAUCAGAAAAGCUCGACGCUACAAUUCAGACAAUCCCAUUCCUCUUCCUGCUCCUCCAUUGGAAAUGAUGUAUAUCUGGAAUGGCUACACUGUGAUUGGGAAGCACAAUGACCUUACAGAGGGCAUGCUGAAGACCCUGAAUGAGGCACAACAGAAGCUUGAGCAACAUCCAAGGACUGAGUUCACUACAGAUGACCAAUGUGUGGUUAGUCUACUGAAGGGGCUUUGUCUCAAACAUUUGGGCCACAAGGAGGAAGCCGAACAUUACUUCACUCUCAUCCUCUGCAAUGAGAGUCAGAUUAAAUAUGACCACUACCUGGUGCCCAAUGCUCUUCUGGAACACGGUUUACUGUGUUUGGAGGAUGGUAGAGUAGAGGAGGCCAUCAGACAUCUGGAGACAGCAAAGCAAAAUUACAAGAACUACUCCAUGGAAUCACGGACACACUUUCGGAUCCAGGCAGCACUGCAUAAGGCACGAGGCACAGCUGAGAACGGAAACAACUGCUCACCCUCUAGCCCUUAGCAGCUUGGAGUUACCACUGGGGUCACAGCAGCUAUGAUCAGGCUUGACGCAGAGGGACAGAUGCCAACAGGAGGACUUAAGGAGCACAUGACCGAUUAGAGCAGAAAUAAGCUUAUAGUGAAAAAUAAUCUUCAUUUCAUUACGCAAACAAAUAAUAUGGUACAUGGAAUCACAGGUGCAUGAAUAUAGUACAUGACGCGUAGGGCAAUUCAGUCAAGACAAAGUAAUGGCAUUAUGCUGUUAUGUCACAGAAAUUACAUCGUGCUAUUAUAAUAUUAUAAAUGUACCACUGUUGUCAUUAUUAAUGAUAAUACAGUUACUAUACAAUAACAACAAUAUUAUUCUGGCACAUCAGGUUAAGGAAAUUGCCUCUGAAAUCACACAUCUGUAAAUCAUUUUGGCUGUUUUUAGAACUCUUAUUGAUAAUGCUCUCCUCAACUACCAUAGAAACUGUUGUCAUGCUGUGACAACAGUAGUCUAGACGUGGCUGUGCCUUAUGGCUUAGUGUAAUAUAGUUUUAUUUGGAUUUAAAGCAUAUGUGCACAACUAUUAGUUUACUUAAUAAUUUAUGGAGGUAAAUAGGUCAUAAAAUAAACCUAUGCUCCAAAGUUUUGAUAUCAUGGGUUACUCUUCGGUUAGAGUACUGUGGCCUUGUUAAAUCUUAUGCACAGGAUUAAUCCUGUUAUCAGUUUAAUUCGUAUCAUAUUUAACAUUGUCUUGGUGUUUCUGUUUGCAUAGUCUGUUUUAGCAAUGUGUUAACAAAAAGAAAACAUGUUUAUAACAACAUAAAAUUACUAUCUGACAUGAAUUCUGAAGAUUUUAAGUGGGUCUAUUUUCCUGUUUCUUUUUAGUAUUUAUUCACUGUUAUGGUGUUUUUCAAAAUUGUCCCGUUUUAAGUUGGCAAGCUAAAUGCGUCUUUUAGAAAGGCAAUUUACUUCAUGCGGACUUGGUCCAGAUCGUAUUUGAGCUCAAACAAACAAGUCUUUUAGAUACACACAAGAUAGGCUGGUUUCCUAACUCCAACCAGUGUGAGGGAUGCAUUGACAACCACUACAAACUUACAUUAUGAAAAGAGAGAAAAUUUAAGCUGGUUCAGGGUUCGUCUGUAAUUCCUCUAUUUUGUUUAAAUUAUAAAUGCUUCUUUAUAAAGACUUUUCCAAUGAAGGUCAACCAACUAAACAGCUGCAACAUUGUUCUCAAUUGCAGUGUAUUUACAAAUGUAGUUUUAGGAAGACAGCCCUGCACAGCAAGGCUUAUUCUAAAGUGUGUUUUGUAUUAAUUAAUCUCAAAUCAGUUAAAUUGUGUUAGGAGGAAUUUUCUUCUACUGUAAUGUGUUCUUUAUGGUCCCUGUUUCAUGCGAUUUUGUUCUAACAAAUUCAGAUUUACAUCAUGCAAAAACAAACAUCAGAUCAUUUUGCAAUCAUGCAUUUGCUCAGAAAUAUCAAAGCCUUCUUAUAACAUGAUAUUUUCUAAAGCAAAUGAAUUUCAGCUACUUCAAUAGUUCUGUGAAUUUGAACUAUUAAAAGAUAUGACUCCUGGAAAAAUCACAUUGUCUUAAAGGUGGUAAAACCAAUUUAAAAGAAAAAAGAAUGAUACAGUAUAUUGUAAUUUUAUUAUAAAGGCUUCCGUUUUCUCUCGUUGAAAAUUCCUACUGAUUUAGGUUGAUUUUACAAGAUCUGGACUAUAGAGGUCAGCAAAUCAUGUAUGUUGUGCAUGGCUCCUGUGCAAACAAACAUUGCUGUAAACACUGAAUUUACAUUUUCUAAUUUAAAAUUAAAUUAUAUAAUAGCAUUCCAAAAGACAUCUCUUUGGUUUUCCCUCUUCGAACCAAGCAUACUUGCCUCCUUAAAGGGAUGGUUCACCCAAAACUGAAAAUGAUCUAAUCAUUUACACACUCUCAUGCCAUCCCAUAAUGUGUAUGGGUUUUUUCUCCUGCUGAACACAAAGAUCUUUAGAAGAGUAUUUCAGCUCUGUAGGUCCUCACAAUGCAAGUGAAUGGUGACCAAAAUGCUGAAGCUCCAAAAGCAUAUAAAGGCAGCAUAAAAGUAAUCUGUAAGACUAGUUAAAUCCAUAUAUUCAGAUGAGAUCUAAUAAGCAUGGGUGAGAAACAGAUCAAUAUUUAAGUCCUUUUUUACGAUAAAUAUCCACUUUCACGUUUUUCUUUUGUUUUUGUCAAUACGCAUUCUCUGUGAAUGUUGUCACCUACUGGGCAGGGAGGAGAACUGAUAGUGAAAAAGAUUUAAAUAUUGAUCUGUUUCUCACCCACACCUAUCAUAUCACUUCUGAAGACAUAGAUUUAAACACUGGAGUCUUAUGAAUUUAUUUUAUGCUGCCUUUAUGUGCUUUUUGGAACUUAAACAUUUUGGUGCUCAUUCACUUGCAUUGUGAGGAUAUACAGAGCUGAAAUAUUCUUGAAAAUAUGUUUUUUUUUUUUUUUUUUUUUUGUUCAGGGUAAUAAAUAAGGUCACACAUCUGGGAUGGGAUGAGGGGGAGUAAAUGAUGAGUGAAUUUUCAUUUUUGGUUGAACUAUCCCUAUAAUGUGAUGCAUAAUACAUGAACGUAAUCUAAAAAAAGAACAUGGCUAAUCCAGAAUUAAACUAUGGGUCUAUGUUUAAGUGUUGAAUGAUCACAUCUUAAAAUACUAUAAACAUAAGAGUUUGAUUUAUGAUGUUAUUAAAAAUACAACAAGUCUGAAACAUUUGACAAUCAA